AUGCUACCACUGAUCAAACUCGAUGAGCUGGAGAGCCUAGUUCAGUUAAAUCAAGCAUUGGUAACUAUUCAAGGUAAAGUAUACAAUGUGACCGACUAUGUGAACGAUCAUCCUGGAAGGCCGGAAAUUCUUCUCCAGGCUGUUGGAAUCGAUGUUACGCAGGAAUUCGAAGAUACCGGCCAUUCCGCGAACGCUAAAGAUACUUCUAACUCUAUUGUAGAUCUUAACAAGCAUCAUAUCCAGGAGACUGGUACUCCGAUGAAUGAGGCUCACAAGUCGAUGCAAGAUAGGGACCGGUCUAUGGAUGAGGAUUUCGAGGGGUUGGGGGGCCACGAAGAGGGAACAAAUCAUGCCGCGUUGAAGGCUCUUCAAUCCCCCCCAAGAAGUGCCAUUAAAAGAGCUCACAAGUCAACUGGACCCCCAAAAUUGGAUACAGCUUACCCUUAG